CUCGAUGGUCCGUUAUCAGUUAGGCAUCCCAUGCUUAUUCUUUUUUCUUUUCUUUUCUUUAUUAUGAAAGGUUAUUAUCAUCAUCAUAUCACGCAUUACAUAUAAUCACAUGAUUGGUCGUUUAGUGUGGGGAGACAUCUUAUCUCAUACGCCAAUAUAUGCCUAAUUAAUUAAUUUCAACCUUUCCCUAUAUAUAAGACUUGUUUUAGCUCAAGUUAUAAUACAUUCUCUAAUAUAUAUUUACUAUUCUUAGCUCUCUAUCUCUCUCUCUCUCUCUUCUCAUGGCGACUGUGCAAUAUGGCUUGGAUCAAGGCAUGGAGACUUUCAACGACGAGCUUAUGAUCAUGUCGUUCCUCGAAGAAGAAUCGCCAGCUGAAAAUAAUAUCAACGUUAGCGAAGAGGAAGAAGAGAAACUAAACCGUGUGAUUAGAUCGUUAGAAGUGGAGAUCAACAUGAGUUCUCCAACCAUAGAAUCUCAAAAACUGGAUCUGCAAGAGAUCACAAAACCCGGUUUUGAAGAUGAUUUUGGGUGGCUUAACGACUUUGAUAUUGGUCUGGUUUCGUCGCAAAAUGAUGAUGAGAUGAUGAAAUGGUGUACGGAACUUUCUUACAUGGAUGGUGUGAAUAGUAGUGUUCUUGAGAUUGAAGGUAGUGAUUAUUAUUCUCAUGUUAACUAUGGACUUACCUUUGAGGAACCAAAUAUUUCUUUGUGGCAAGAGAAUAAUAAUGAUGUAGUUAUGUUUUAAAUGGUUUUCGAGAAGUCCUGAUAUAACAAAAGCUGUUUUAAUACCAGUUGAUUAUAUAAAUAAUGUAAUGAUCACUUGAGAAGACUAAUUAUCAAAACUAACAAAUGUAUCAAC